GAAUUUAUGUCAGCAUUUGCAGCUCGACUUGGUUCUUUUUAAAGCCAUGCGAGGCAUCCCAUUGCAUGGGUACCAUAAUUUAAACGAUUACUUCCCUGCUGAUGGUCAUUUAGGUUUUCAUUUUUUUUUUCCUAUUACAAGCAAUCGUGCAAUAAGUGUUUUUGUGCACGUCUUAAUGACCAUAUCCAUAGAGUAUAUUUUUAGCAGUGGAACUGCUGGACAAAGGAUAUGUAUAUUUUAAAUUUGGUUGAUAUUACUAAAUUUUCCUCCAAAAAGUUGCCCCAAUUUAUAUUCCCACCAGUGUAGUAUGAGAAGGUCCAUUUCUUCACACUUCAUAAAACACUGGAUAUUUUCAGGCUUUAAACAUUAAAAGGUUAUUUCAGUGUGGUGUUGGUGUAGGGAUUAUCAAAUAGCCCAGAAAAAGACCCACACAUUCAUGAGAUGUUGGCUCACGACAGUGCUGACACUGUAGCUCUGAGGGAAGAAGGGACUGAUAUAUAUAAAUGGGGCUAGGACAGCUGGUUAUCCUCAUGGAAAAAAAUAAAAUUGGACUCACAUCAUACACAAAAGUCAGUUCAAAGACCUUUCUAAAUGCAAAGGGCAAAACUAAAACUUGAGGCAUGAUAAGGGAAUAUUUUUCUGAGUUGGCAGGAGAGGAUUUAUUUUAAUAGACACAAAAAACAGAUUGAUAAUUUUGCCUAUAUUAAAAUGUCUGUCCAUCAAAAGACAUAAGGAAGGUGAAAAGGCAAACCACGAACUAGUUGAAGAUUUUUUGUAACACCUUUAACUGGCGAAGGAUUAGUAUCCAGAUUAUAUAAAGAAUGCUGACAAUGCAGUUUUUUAAAAGACAUAAGCAUUUUGCAUGUAGAUAAAUAAGCAAAAGAAAAGAACCUAAUUUCUCAGAUGAAGUACAAGUGGCUCUUAAAAAUAUGGAAAGAUGCUCAAGUUCAUAAUUAAAUGGGAAAAUGAAAAAUUAAAACCAUACUGAGACAAUUGUUUCAUACGAAUGGCAAAAGUUCAAUUUAAAAAAUCAAUUCCAAUGUGGGCAGAGCUGUGUGUCACAGGAACUGUCAUACACGGUAGGUGGCAUCAUAUAUUAGUACAGCUAUUUUGGACAGCAGUUUGACAUUCGUAAGUUAAUUUAAACAUGUAACACCCUUCAACCCAGUAAUGCCAUUGUUGAACAUAUUCGAGAAUGUUUUUAGCCUUGUUAUUCCUAAAAAGAAAAAAGAAUGAGUGGAGCCUUUGAGAAUGUUCUUAGCCUUGGUAUUCAUGGGGUGGGGUGGAUACUGGAGUAGAGAACUGGGGCAUUGUGGCAUGAAAAGGAAGACCCAAAGGAAGUGUGGCCCAUCUGGGGGCGGGGCUGCUGCCCUGAGCCAACUGUGUCAUUCAACUUUUCCAGCAUCACAGAGUGGUAUUGUGCUAUUUAUGGAGAAGCUUCUCUCCCUCCUGCUCUUACCAGUUUGACAGUAGGACUUAAGUUAUAUAUGAUCUCUUUUUCAGUGAAGAUAUUUGUCAUUAAAAGCCAGAAUAUGCCCUCUGAGAUAAGGUCCUUUCCAUGACUUUUUUUCUGAUAAAGUCUUUAUCCUCAGGAUGCAAAGAUACCUCCCUCUUCCUUUGGAAAGUGCCGAAUCAUAGGCAAAGCUCUAAGCCUUUCAGUUGCUUUGGGGCACAGCACCAUUUCAGGUAAGGCCAAAUAUUUUAAAAGUUAAUAUUGGCAACUGGAGGGCUCGGUUAGUCUGUGUGUACAUACGAAAUAAAAUGUAGUACAAGAAACGGUUUGGGAAACACUGUUUUAGCAGAUUAGCAAUACUAUGUAUUUCAGUAGUAUUAAUUUUUAAUUAAGCAUCUUCGAAAUGAUAGCUCCUUAUUUAUGGCUCAAUCAGAAAUACUACUCUCCAAUUCUAGCUCUGUGACCUUGGCUAAGUUACUUAACCUUUCUGUGCCUUAGUUUCUUCCUCUUUUAACUCGGGAUAAUAAUAGUACCUACUUCACAGGGUUAUUGUAAGGAUUAAAUGAAUUAAUUUAAAUAAAGCCCUGAGAACAAUGCACGGCAUGAAGUGAUCGGUAUGUAUGACCUGCUUUUCUCAGCGUGCCUCACAGGGUGUUUCCUAUUUUGGGGUGUUCAUUGUUUGGUAGAGUAAGUCAGUACUGUGGCUAUAGCAUGAUGGUGAUCAAAGGGAUCAGGUGGUGGUUGCUGUUUUAACAGACUUUGCUGUUCCUUUCAUGGUUGUUGGUUAGAGCCACUCCUGGGUAAGUUAUAACAUCAAGAGCAGGGCUGUUUUCACAGGGGCACUGCUCUGUGAUGUCUGCAGCUUGAAUGUGAGAAUAAUUAUUCUAAUUAGCUCCCUCUAUGUAAAGAUUUUAAAGUAUUGAGUGUUCUCUAGCUUGAAAACGCUUUAUUUCAAUGCUUUAAACUGAAGGUAGAAAAUAAGUAAAAUAAAAGAAUUGAGACCUCGUAGUGUAGAAGGAAUGUCUUUUCACCACCCAGGAAAAUGUGCACUCCUAAGAAGAGGGGGACUCAGUGGUAUCUGGAUAACAUUCAAAGUCAGCGAUAAUCCUGGCGAAAGAGACAUGCCUCUGCAGGGUUGCGAGAUCGAAUAUGAGCGUUUGCCCUUGUGUGUUGCCCACAGACCUCCCGCUGUUGCCUUUUCGGACAUGCUGCGCAGCGCCCUGCUGUGCGCCGUGCUCGGGCUCCUGCGCACCCAGGCGUUCCCCUGCCCGCGAGCCUGCAAGUGUGUCUUCCGGGACGACGCGCGGUGCUCCGGGGUCAACGUGGCGCGCAUCGCCGCGCUCGGCCUGCCCACCAACCUCACGCUCAUCCAGCUCUUCCAAAUGGGCCGCGGUGCUUUGCAGAAUGACAGUUUCAGCGGCAUGACCGUCCUGCAGCGCCUGAUGCUGUCCGAAAGCCACAUUUCCGCCAUUGCCCCCGGCACCUUCAACGACCUGAUAAAUCUUAAAACCCUGAGGUUGUCGCGCAACAAGAUCACUCAUCUUCCACGCGCGCUAUUGGAUAAGAUGGUGCUCCUGGAACAGUUGUUUUUGGACCGCAAUGAACUAAAGGGCAUUGACCAAAACAUGUUUCAGAAACUGGUUAAUCUGCAGGAGCUCCUUUUGAACCAAAAUCAACUCACUUUCCUUCCUGCUAGCCUCUUCACAAAUCUGGGCAACCUGAAAUUAUUGGAUUUAUCGGGAAACAAUUUGACUCACCUGCCCAAGAGAUUGCUUGGGGCACAGGCUAAGCUUGAGAAACUUCUGCUCCACUCGAACCAGCUCGUCUCUCUGGAUUCGGGGUUGUUGAAUAGCCUGCGCGCCCUGAUGAAGCUGCAGCUCCACAGAAAUCACAUCCGUUCAAUCGCACCUGGUGCCUUCGACCGGCUCCCAAACCUGAGCUAUUUGACUCUUUCCAGAAACCACCUCGAGUUCCUGCCCUCUGCUCUCUUUCUUCAUUCGCACAAUUUGACUGUAUUGACCCUGUUCGAGAACCCUCUGGAAGAGCUCCCGGAGGUGCUCUUCGGGGAGAUGGCCGGCCUGCAGGAGCUGUGGCUGAACGGCACCCGGCUGCGCACCCUGCCCGCCGCCGCCUUCCGCAACCUGAGCCGCCUGCAGGUGUUAGGAGUGACUCUGAGCCCGCGUCUGAGCGCGCUCCCGGAGGGCGCCUUCCGGGGCCUCGGCGAGCUCCGGGUGCUCGCCCUGCGCUCCAACAGCCUGGCCUCGCUCCCCGACGGCUUGCUGCGCGGCCUCCGCAGGCUGCGCCGAGUGUCGCUGCGCCACAACCGGCUGCGGGCCCUGCCCCGCGCGCUCUUCCGCGACCUCAGCAGCCUAGAGGAGGUCCAGCUCGACCACAACCAGUUGGAGACCCUGCCUGGCGGCGUAUUUGAGGCUCUGCCGCGGCUGGCGGAGGUCCUGCUGGGGCACAAUCCUUGGCGCUGCGAUUGCGGCCUGCGGCCCUUCCUGGCAUGGCUGCGGCAGCACCCGGGCCUCGUGGGCCGAGCGGAGCCCCCACAGUGUCGCGGCCCGGGGCAGCGCGCCGGCCUGCCGCUCUGGGCCCUGCUGGACGGUGACCUGGGGUGCCCGAGCACCCGGGGCCCGCCUCCCGACUCUCCCGCGGACAGCCCCCCCGAAGCCCCCACCCAGCCGGCCCUGCUCGCGGCCUCCGUCCGCCGUGCCUUGGUGCCUAGCAGCUCAGAACCCUGGGCGUGGGCCCAGCUGGUGGCGGAGGGCAAGCGUCAGGACUAUAGCCCGUUCUGGGGUCUUUAUUUUCUGCUUUUAGCCACUCAGGCCAUAAUAACCGGGAUCAUUGUGUUUGCUAUGAUUAAACUCGGCCGGCUCUUUCGAAAAUUAAUCAGAGAGCUCUUGUUUGAGUCAAUGGGAAAACCUUGCAAUUAAUUGAAACGUGACAAGUGUGUUGUCAGAUGUGGCUCUGGGGAGAAUCCAGAUGGGCUGGGCUGCUGCCAUUCCCCUCUCCUCUACCAUCCCAUCUCUGGGUCUUCCCCCUCCCAGUUCCCUCUCCUCGGAAGGAACCUUAACAUUUGUCAGUUGUGACUGCCGCUUUGCCCCCCGCCCCACAACUGUGUGCCCCUGGGGACACGGGUUGUGUUUGGCCCAUUCUGUGCCCACCGUGCCUGGUGGAGACAGGGGGCUCUUCAGUGUUUACUGAGGAAGGGUGCAAAUGAGCCAGCCAACUCCAGGCCAGGGCCUGUCUCCUGCACAUUGUAGGUGUCUGGUACAUGUUUGUGAGAUGAAUGAAUACAACGAACACGCUAUCUAAGCGAUGGUGGCUUUUCCUGGGGGAAAGGAUGG